GAGUACGUCAUCAAGCUCCGCAGAGAGCUCCACCUGCACCCGGAGCUGAUGUGGACGGAGACGAAAACCUCCGCGCUCGUCAAGCGCGAGCUCGACCUCCUCGGCGCGUCGCACGUCGAGAUCUCCCCUCCGGGCGUCGUCGCGACGAUCGGCGACGGCGCGUCCCCGGUCGUCCUCCUCCGCGCGGACAUGGACGCGCUCCCGAUGCGCGAGGAGUCCGCCAUCCCACCCAACAUGCGAAGCACGAGGGACGGCGUCAUGCACGCGUGCGGGCACGACGGCCACGUCGCCAUGCUCCUCGGCGCCGCGAAGGUGCUGACGCAGAUGGCUGAGAUGGGGUCGCUGCCGCCGGGGACGGUGCGACUCGCGUUCCAACCCGCGGAGGAGGGCGGCGCGGGCGCGAGACGCAUGCUCGAGGACGGCCUGGACGACCUGCGACCCCCGACGCAGAGCUCCUUCGCGCUGCAUAACUGGCCGUACCCGGAGACCCCGAGCGGGGUCGUGGGCACGAGAGGCGGGACGAUCAUGGCCGGCAGCGGCUCGUUCGAGAUCGCGUUUACGGGCGCGGGGGGGCACGCGGCGGUGCCGCACAAAAACGUCGACGUCGUCGUCUGCGGCGCCAACGCGGUGAUCGCGUUACAGACUAUCGUGAGCCGGUUAGUGGACCCGCUCGACAGCGCGGUGGUGAGCGUGACGGUGUUUCAAGCCGGCGGCGCCGCGAGCAACGUCAUGGGCGACGUCGCGACGUUGCGAGGAACGUUUCGCGCGUUGUCCAAAAAGACGUUCGAGUGGCUGCAUCAGGCCAUCACGAAGAUCGUCGUGUCGACGGCGACGGCGCACGGGUGCGCGGUCAACGUGGAGUACUUUCCCGUGAGCGGCGGCGUGAGGCACGAGGAGUACCCGCCGACGGUGAACGACGUCGACGCCGCGAAGUUCGCCGCCGGCGUCGGCGCGGCGAUGUUCGGCGCCGACGCCGUCGUCGACGUCGAGCCGGUGAUGCCCGCGGAGGAUUUCUCCUUCUUCGCGGAGCGAUGGCCGUCCGCGAUGAUGUGGUUGGGUUCGUAUAACGUGUCGGCGGGCGCGACGCACGCGCUGCACAGCACGAAGUACGUCCUAGACGAGAGCGUGCUUCACCGCGGGGUCGCGAUGCACGCGGGGUACGCCGUCGCGUUCUUG